AUGCCCCACCCCGUCAACCCCUCGUCGUCCUCCCCCUCCACUGCUCCUGCUAUUGCGUUUGCACGACAGGAGGGGGGGAAGGGGGCAGCAGGACUGGAGGUGCCAGUGGUGGGGGGAGGGGGGGGAGGGGGGGGUGGCAGUGGGAACGGAGAUGGUGGUGGUGGGGUGGCGACUCAUGGGGGGGAGGCUAUGGGGGGGUUGUGGGUGGUGAGAUUCAACUGUAGCAUCAGCCGCCUCCUCCUCUCAUCCCCUGCUUUGUACCUCCCGUAUCGCUCGUACUUCUUUGUGCUUGCCCCGUGCCCAUGCCCGUGUUGUCCGUUCCCGUUCGUGCCCCACCCGUUCUACUCGUGCUAUCCGUUCCCGCUAGUGCCCCACCCGUGCUGUCCGUUCCCGUUCAUGCCGCACCCGUGCUGUCCGUUCCCGCUCGUGUACCACCGUGGUGACCAUUCCCGCUCGUGCGCCCAGUGCUGUCCGUUCCUGCUCGUGCCCCACCGUGCUGUCCGUUCCCACUCGUGUACCACUUGUGCUGUCCGUUCCUGCUCGUGUACCACCCGUGCUGUCCGUUCCCGUUCGUGCCCCGCCCAUUCCGCCCGUGCAGUCCGUCCCCGUUCGUGCCCCACCCGUUCUACCUGUGCUGUCAGUUCUAGCUCGUGCCUCACCCGUGCCGUUCGUUCCCGUGCAUCCCGUGCUGCUGCUCGUUCCCGCUUGCGUGGCGGUUGGGCGGGCGGCGCGGCGGUUGGGCGGGCGGCGCGGCGGUUGCGCGGGCGGCGCGGCGGCUGCGCGGGCGGCGCGGCGGCUGCGCGGGCGGCGCGGCGGCUGCGCGGGCGGCGCGGCGGCUGCGCGGGCGGCGCGGCGGCUGCGCGGGCGGCGCGGCGUUUGCGCGGGCGGCGCGGCGGUUGCGCGGGCGGCGCGGCGGUUGCGCGGGCGGCGCGGCGGUUGGGCGCGGGAUCUUUUGUUGUUGUCUAG